AUGGAGUACUCGCCGAAGCUGGCAGUAGUACUGCUCUUAGCUCUCGCGUCCGCCAUGGCGGUCGCGGCCCAGAACUCGCCGCAGGACUUUGUGGACCCCCACAACGCGGCGCGCGCCGACGUCGGCGUCGGGCCGGUGACCUGGGACGACAACGUGGCGGCGUACGCGCAGAACUACGCGGAGCAGCGCCGCGGCGACUGCCAGCUGAUACAUACUCCCGAUGGCCGGCCGUACGGGGAGAACCUCUUCGGAGGCAGCGGGACCCAGUGGACGGCGGCGGACGCCGUGAACUCGUGGGUGUCGGAGAAGCAGUACUACGACCACGGCAGCAACAGCUGCUCGGCCCCGGAGGGCGACUCGUGCGGGCACUACACGCAGGUGGUGUGGCGCGACUCGACGGCCAUCGGUUGCGCCCGCGUCGUCUGCGACAGCGGCGACGGUGUGUUCAUCAUCUGCAGCUACAACCCGCCAGGCAACUUCCCCGGGGUGAGCCCGUACUAG